AAUGACUUCUUAUCCAAGUGUUCCCACGUUCACAAGACUCACAACCAACUCUUCGCUUUCCUUUGCCAUCUUUCCUCUACUACGGCACCCACCCCUCUCCCUUAUGCUUUAUUUUUCUUCAAUUUUCAAAUUCUCAUUAUUACUUCCUUUCUUCUUGAAUUAUCAAAAUUGCAUUUGUUUCUCUUCCUCGUCACUAGGCCAAAAGGAAUUAUUGCUGUAUUGGUCUAUUUUGAGAAGUUGUUGAUUGUAAUAUGACCGAAUAUGGGAACUCAAGAGAAAGCUCCAGUUCGACGGCGUCUAGUUUGAAUAGCAGUUCACAAGGUACUGAGGAUGAUCAUGCCAUUGCGAAAAUAUUGGCUGAAGAAGAAGAACAAAAUGCUUUGAGGUAUGGGGGCAAGCUUGGCAAGCGACUCUCUCAUUUGGACUCAAUCCCGCAUACUCCGAGAGUUAUUGGGCAGAUACCUGAUUUUAAUCAUGCAACACUUGACCAUGAGAGGCUCUCUGGCAGGUUGGCAGCAAAUGGGCUUGCUGAAUUUCAAAUUCAAGGAGAUGGAAAUUGCCAGUUUCGAGCCCUUGCAGAUCAGUUGUAUCAUAAUCCAGAGUAUCAUAAGCAUGUGAGAAAGGAGGUUGUCAAACAGCUAAAGCAUUUCAGAAAGUUAUAUGAAAGUUAUGUUCCCAUGAAAUACAAAAGCUACCGGAAGAAGAUGAAGAGGUUGGGGGAAUGGGGAGAUCAUAUCACUCUCCAAGCAGCUGCAGAUAGAGUAAGUGAGUAUGGAGUAAAAAUAUGUUUGGUCACUUCUUUUCGCGAAAAUGGCUACAUUGAGAUCCUUCCUAAGGACAUACAGCCUUCUAGAGAAUUGUGGCUGAGUUUCUGGAGUGAAGUGCACUACAAUUCUCUGUACGAGAUUGGAGAGGUGCCUGCUAGAGUGCGCAGAAAGAAGCAUUGGCUUUUCUGAGGCUUUCUUUCAUCAGCAAAAGUAUUCAGAACUGCAAUUUAGUAUACUGCCUCGAAGAAACGCAUUUUGCAUAGAGAAGAUUUGAAAUUUCAAGAGUUGUGUGUGGAGUACUACUGCAUUCACUACUCUUUAGUGACGAUGAGCGAGAACUUAAUAUGAGUAUAUGUUCUACAAUAUUUUCACUUCCUAUGUGAAAGUGUAACUGGUCCAUGUCUGGAUAUAUGAAAAGGGUUACAAACAAGCAUAAAGAAUAGUCAAAUUAUAGGGAAACCUUGUUAUAUUGGAUGAGCAAAAUAGUUACUGAUAAUUCAUAUGGUCGACUUUAUCUACUUCGAGAUUGAGGUGUAAUGAUAUACAUAUAUAGCUUGACUGAAAAGUAGUAGGUACAUUCCUACCACUGACUACUUGUGCAUCUGCUCUUGUGUUUGCACGAUGCUACAGGAUAAUGCAUAUAGCAAAAUUUCAUCC